AAGGAAAAGAAAAGUAAGAAUGGAUUAAAACAGCAGCAGGAGAGGACAAUUUUGGAACUGGAUGUGAGUACAAUUGUCAUAAUUCUGUGAUCCAAGCCAACACUCUGUCUCAAUGAUCUUUCUCACUGUCUUAGGAACUCACUCGAUCCUUGGAACAUGGCAUCUCUGUACAGUUUGCCAAAAUCCAUCAAUUUGUUGAAAACAAGGAACAACAUUUAAUUGAAGAGCUGAGGAGACAAAAGAAGGAGGACCUACAACGAAUGGAGAAAAAUAUGAAAAGAUUUGAUGAGGAUCUAGCGUCAUUUGAGAAGAAGAUUUCAAACAUCAGCGCAGCCAUAAAACACCAAGGCAAUCUCUCUUUUCUCAAGGAAGCGAAGACAUUGAGAGAAAAAUACUUGGUCAAAGAGGACAAAGUGAAAAGUGCCCAGAGGCAUGAAGGUGAAGAAGAAGGCAGUGAAAUCCAGGGUUGCAAGGGAGAUGAACCAGAAGGAAGUGAAUGCUCCAAAGAGAGCCUUGCGUUUUCGAGAAGGAAAUACAAAGGAUUCCGAGGCCCGUUACUCUACACAGUGUAGAAGCAAAUGAAACAGAUCAUCUCUCCGGUUCCGGCCUCGCUGACUCUAAACCCAAACACAGCACAUCCGAUGCUCACCCUCUCGAAAGAUCUCACCAGUGUGAGGACCAGUUGAGAUCAUGCUUGAAUUCCAUGAAGGCGAGAGAAAAAACAGAAAGAGACUUAAAGCAGCAGCAGGAGAGGGAGAUUUCAGAAUUGGAUGAACUCACAUCAUCCCUGGAGCAAGACAUAUCUGCACAAUUUGCCAAAAUCCAUCAAUAUCUUGAAGACAAAGAGAGGCACUUAAUGAAAGAACUGAGGAGACUGAAGGAGGAAGAUCUGCAACCAAUACAGGGGCAUCUGAAACUAAUUGAGGAGAAAUUAACCUCUCUUGAGGCAGACAUAGUGAAGCUUGGUGUACACAUUGAGCAGCAAGACAGUAUCUCUUUUCUCAAGGAACUGAAAGGUGUAAGAGAAAGAUACCUGAACAAAGAGAAGGAAGAGGAUGGAGAGGACGAAUGGGAAGAUGAAGAUGAAGAUGAAGAAAUACUGAUGUUUCCAAGAAAGAAUUACAGAAGAUAUCAAGGCCCGUUUCUCUACACAGUGUGGAAGGAAAUGAAACAGAUCAUCUCUCCAUUUCCAGUCUCGCUGACACUGGAUCCGAACACAGCUCAUCAUAGCCUUGUCCUGUCUGAGGAUCUGACCAGCGUGUCAAUCAAUACGAAAAAAACAUUUCUGCUUCUUGAUAACCCAGAGAGAUUUAAUCAGCAUCCAUGUGUCCUGUGCUCAAAGGGAUUCGCAUCAGGGAAGCACUACUGGGAGGUGGAGGUUGGCAACAAGACUGACUGGGACGUUGGUGUGACCAGAGAGUCGGCAAAUCGGAAGGGAAAGUUCAAACUGCAACCUCAAAAGGGAUACUGGGCUGUGGGGCUUACAAAUGGGGAUGCAUACAAUGCCAGACAGUACUCAGUAAUUCAGACUCCGAGUAUGAAGCCCACGACCAUUGGAGUUUACCUGGACUAUGAGGGAGGUCUGGUGACCUUUUACAAUGCUGAUGAUAUGUCCGUUCUCUACACGCAUUCUGGCACAUUCACUGAGAAACUCAUUCCUUUUAUGUGUACUGGGUGGUACAGUGAUAGAAAUGCUGCUCCUCUUAAACUGCGUCAUCUUAAACUAUAGAUUCCCAAAUUGACAUGUCAGAGAUUGAGGGAAAUGGGAUUAAUAUUAACCUUUCUGUGACAAUGUGGCAUGGUGGUUUGGUGGUUAACACUGUUGCUUCAUAGUGCCAGGGACCUGGGUUGGACUCUUGCCUCGGGUGACUGCAUGGAGU